AUGAUGACCGAAUUUUCAUUUUUGGGUGAACUGUCCCUUUAAUGGUGUGCUGUUGAUUCCCAUUCUUCAGAUAAGAUCCCAGAACCCAACACAUUACCAGCAGAAACCACUAUAGUUUCCAGUUAAACCAAUACAAUUCCCAUUAAAUCCAUUAGAAUUUCUGUAAUGGUUUUUAUUGUGUCUUUUUUAUAUAUAGUGCUUUUAUGUCAUUUCUAUUUCUUUCAUUGUCUGCAAAAAAAAAUCAUACAUGAGCACAUUUUCUUCAAAAUAUCUUUCGUCUCCCACUUAAGAAAUAAAGUAAAAUUGUAACGUCACGAAAGUGAGUAAAUAGCAACGAUGAGCGGCUUUACAUUUUCAAUGAACUGUACAGGAACUCCUUUAAAAACUCUCCUUUCUCACAGGUUGUGUGGUUCAUUCGUCUGAAAAAGAAAAGCACAGAAUAACCAAUUAAAUUUUUCAAUAUGUCAUGAAUGUGCGUAUCAGUCAGGUCUCCCCGAGCAGCAGCAUCACCGCCCGCGCGCGCUCUCGCGCUCUCGGUAUUCCGUCCCACGCGCUCAGCGCCGCCCACACGAGGAUUUGCGUCAAGCCGGCGCGUGGGAGUGAGAGAGCAAUGCAGCUUACAUCGGAAUAUCCCAGCAGAAGAGAGAGAGAUAGAGAGAGAAAGAGUGUGUGAGAGAGAGACUGCACCGAUGAGCGUUCAACGGACUUUCUCUCCAGCGCGAGAGGCGGAGCGCAGCCCCGAGACGACGGCGAGCAACGGGAACAGUCGCGCGCACCAGCUGCGGAAGAGAGCCAUGUCGGUACUGUUGCCACGUUCUUUGGGGGAGCUCCAACUGUACAGAAUCCUGCAGAAGGCCAACCUGCUGUGCUACUACGAAGCGUUUAUCCAGCAGGGCGGCGACGAUGUCCAGCAGCUCUGUGAGGCCGGCGAGGAAGAGUUCCUCGAGAUCAUGGCCCUCGUCGGAAUGGCGACCAAACCUCUCCACGUCCGACGACUCCAAAAAGCCCUACGCGAUUGGGUGACCAACCCUUCCCUCUUCAACCAACCGUUGACAUCUCUACCUGUGUGCAGUAUACCGGUUUACAAGCUCCCCGAAAGUUCACCGGGGGUCCAACAGAACCAACUCACAGUACCCAGGGCGUUGUUACCCACAAGCCCCAGUCCAGCGAGGCUGGAUAUCAGCAGAGACGGGACACCGGGCUGUUCUCCGCUACAAGGUGCAAGUGAGGGCCGUUUCUGGGGGAGCGAGAGCGAACACAGUCUAUCUCCAUCCGGAGCAUGUUCCCCAUGUUCUCCUCACGACGCCCUCGACGCUCUCGACGCAGCCGCCGCCCAGUGCGUGACGGACUGCGUCGAGAGACUAGCCCAAACGUUGCCCAAAAGUGACCCAGCUGAGGUCAAAGAGCACGUCCGUGCCAACAAGAAGCUAAGCAAGAUGAUCGGCCACAUCUGUGAGAUGAGCGAAGACGACCCGCAGAAGGAGGUGGAGGUUCGGAAGUACAGCGCCAUCUACGGGCGGUUCGAUUCGAAGAGGAGGGACGGCCGACAGCUUACGAUGCACGAGCUAACAGUAAAUGAAGCGUCUGCUCAGCUAUGCAUGAAAGAUUUAUCACUGCUGAGCCGAAGAGACGAACUUUUCUCGCUAGCUAGGCAGAUAUCACGCGAGGUCACCUACAAAUACACCCGCAGGAGCAACAGGUCUCACUGCGGCGAAGAGGAGGAACCGUCUCCCAAGAGAAUCAAAUCCGAAGAUGGUGUCUACAAUCUGCAGGAGGCCCUACACGUUCUUCACACGCGACAGGAGACGGUGAGAGAGCAGCUCGCAAUCGCCAAAUCUAAGGGAGAGGAGUCGAUUAGACAAAGUCUACAGGUUCAACUCGAUUCUCUAUUGGCCAAGCAGGUGGAGCUCCUGCGGGACGCUGCGAUCCAGGAGAGACUGAAGUCUUUGGAUUGGCGGAUUCCUACGGCGGCUCUGAAAUAUCUCACUCCCACACCUCAACACUGCAACAGCGGACUCUCGCAUGUCUCCGGUGAGAGACCCUUGAAUCUACGUUUGACUGACGUUCCACUCGGCAGACAGCUGGCCAAUGAGCUGAAGCGACAUCACAAACAGAUCACAGAGGAAAGACACAACCAACAAACCUCAGACGAGAGGAAAACGGCGACCACAGAAAAUGGGUCGUCUCAAAAGGAGCCCAGCCUUUUGGACAAGACCAUCAAAUCAGAACCUGAAGACUCCAGAUAACAUCUUCAACCUCUCACACUGUAAAAAGUGAAAGUUGGAUCUACUUAAAAAAAUUACUUUUUAAAAAAGUACUAUUUAAAAAUAUCACAAAGGAGGAAGUAGCGAUCCUCUUAUUUUUAGUAUUUAAAAAAAAAUCGCAAUGAAACGGAAGUAGCGAUCAUCUUAUUUUUACUAUUUAAAAAAUCGCACUGAAACGGAAGCAGGGAUCAUCUUAUUUUUACUAUUUAAAAAAAAAUCGCAAUGAAAGGGAAGUAGCGAUCAUCUUAUUUUUACUAUUUAAAAAAAUCGCAAUCAAACGGAAGUAGCGAUCAUCUUUUUUUGCUAUUUAAAAAAACCGCAAUGAAACGGAAGUAGCGAUCAUCUUAUUUUCCUCGUCGCGAGGUAUAUCCAUGUGUAACAGCUUCUGAAAUUAGAAAAAAUGUAGGGCGGGACUUUUCAGGGCGGGAAAUUGUCCAAUGAGAACUGAUUGGAUCGUUGGAAGUUGGGUCAUGUUGCUAUUUGCUAUAGCCUAUGACCGGAAGUAAAGAGAGAUCGUUUCCAGGAGAUUAGCGUUUUUAUUAAAGAUUAUAAGGGCACCCAAUUUUUUUUAAAUAAUGAAGUUCACAGAUAAGUUAUUUGUAAAAAAACAUAUUAUUCAAAAAAAUAAAAGUUUUUAAUUUCAUAAAAAUUGACUUUAAAGGUGUAGCGGAGGAUUUUCUCGAAUUUUAGAAAAUAACUGCCUUCUCCACAUUUUAAAAAAAUGCAAUUGCGCAACACUCCUGAUUGACAACAAGGAGGACCAAUAGUCUUGAUGAUCCACCCGGAAAAAGAAAAUCCUCCACAAUACCUUUCAGCUGUAUCAACUAAAAUAUUUUACUUAAAGUGAGACAAUUUAAGUUAAAAAAAAUGUAAUUGUUUUAGGAGUUACCAAUUGAAGUAAUUUUUUUAAGUUAAUCCAACUUUCACUUUUUACAGCGUAAAACUUGUGUUUUGUUUUCUCAGUGGAUAUCUAGUAUUAAAACUGUGUGGCCUUACAAAAUGUAAAUGCCUAUAGAUUUAUUUUCAUUUUAUUUUUAAAAAUUAUUUAAAAUUUAAAAUUAAAAAACGCGCAAAAGUCUUGCAGUCUGUGUGCACACAAAAAACUUACAAGACGUAAUCGUGAAUAUAUCAGUUUGUAAAUAAUCUUAUUUUACUGCAUGUUUUAUUUUUAAACUAUUUUUAUUUAACAUAUAAGCACUCUGCGACUGAAGCACAACCUGACGUUUUUUUUGUUGUUGAGAAUUUUAAGAGGUAUCGUUCCUCACCAAUGGUACUUGAUGACAUUCAUCUGUUCGUAUUGAUUUGUCAGUGAAGAUGUGAAUAAUAAAUAUGUAGACUUAGCUUUUUCUCGACUUUGUGAUUGCGUCACUGAAAAGUGUACUAACUGUGUGACCAACUUUAGCUUUUAUCAACAGACAAAAUUCAUAGAUUGUGUAUCUCGCUGUCAUGAGAUGUUAAAUGUUUUGAUGUGACUGCAGUAAACGUUUGUAAAUGUUUUGAUCACACAUUAAUGUUUUGUCUGUUAUAUGCGCUAGUCUGUUGUGUGAUGUAGUACUGGUCUGUUUACUAAAUGCAUCUUUCACCGUUUUUGUAUGUUGUCUUUGUGAAAUUCUUGUACAA